AUGUUGUCUGUGUAUAAAGCUGUUCCAGUAGACAAGCAUCUUCUGUCAGUUCCAGCAGAGUCGAGGCGGGCUCUGCCGUCAGAUACCCUGCGUCAUGCUCUCGCUGAGACUUUUAAAGAUGAGCAGCGCUUCCAGCUGGGCCUCAUGGAUGAUGCAGCAGAGUGUUUUGAGAACAUUUUAGAAAGGAUACACCUGCACCUGGUUUCUGAUUCAGCCACAGAAAUGUGUACUUCUAAAUCGUGCAUCACCCACCAGAAGUUUGCCAUGACCCUCUAUGAGCAGUUUGUCUGUCGUAGCUGUGGCGCAUCAUCAGACCCUCUUCCCUUCACUGAGCUUGUGCACUAUGUCUCCUCCACGGCCCUAUGUCAACAAGUGGAGCGAAUCUUGGAGAAGACGGACAGACUACGUUCGGACAUGUUUGGUGAACUGCUGCAGGCAGCCAACACCAUUGGAGAUCUCCGCAACUGCCCUGUAUAUCAGCUUUUCUUUUAUUUUAAACCAGUUGCAUGCGCAUCCUUUUCUAUGCAUUUAAAGUGAAACAACUGAACUGAAAUAUAGGAGCCUUAUAACAAUGCUCGUUUUAGAAGAACAUUUGAGACGACACUUAGAGGCUUUUGCAGCUGUCCUUUUUAUAUAUUCUCUUUAUGGACAUUGUAUUAAUACUUCUUAUGAAUAUUCCUAAAUAAGUUCUUCUCAGGCUGUUUUUUAAAAGGCUUCUUAUAUUGUUUAUUUUAGUUGAGCACAAAUUGCACAGAUAAUCUUAUAUCCCUGAAA